UCUAUAAAUAACUCGUCUAGAGUACCAAACCUAGGCUUGAAGACGCCACUACCCAACUAUCUUCUAAGCUUCUUCUUUUCCGAUUCCUUCUCCUUACCUCUUCAAAUCAUGGUUGGAUCUUCACUUAACACCCUCAAACCCUCUACCACCACCAUCAAAUUCCUCUGCAGUUACGGCGGCAAGAUUCUCCCCCGUUAUCCCGAUGGUAAACUCCGUUACCACGGUGGCGAAACCCGCGUCCUUGCCGUUGACCGUUCCAUCUCUUUCAGUGAGUUGUUGUUGAAGCUUGAAGAGUUGUGUGGAACAUCAGUGAGUCUUCGUUGUCAAUUGCCGACGGAAGAUUUAGAUGCUCUGGUUUCGAUUACCUCUGAUGAGGAUCUGGCUAAUCUUCUGGAGGAGUAUGAUCGUGUUGCUUCACCUCCGGCUUCUUUAAAGAUCAGAGCCUUUCUUUCGCGGCCAAAAUCAUCUAAAAAAAUCUCAACCUCAUCUUCUUCAUCAUCAUCUUCUUCAUCGCCAAAAUCAUCCGCUAAUUACACAGCUUCAACUUGUACCACCACCGGGUUUACCGUAAACGAUAACUGCCACCGUCAUAUCACUGCUCCGGUAGCUUUUCCUCUUUACUUGGAAAAAUCUGCCGCAAAGAGUAAAACUCCUCAUCAUGCUUAUAAUUAUGCUUAUGGAAACCCUAGCCAGAUCUACCUCAUUCACAACGGAAACUACUGGCAAUAAUACUUGGAACUGAUGGGACCAGAAAUAAGAAGGACACUAUAGUUUUUUCAAAAAUGCAAAAUAGGCAAAGAAGUUGAAAAUAUAUAUUUACACAUAUCAUAUAUAUGUAAUGGCAUUGGACUGUAAACCGUUAAGGAUUGGUUUCUUUUUAUGCGUCGCCAUUAAUGAAAUUUCAGUCCGAUUUCGUAUUGAAUCCAAA